AUGUCUACGGGUGGGAUAGCAAGAAAACAUAAUGUUGCAAGUGGAUGCAAUGAAGACUGGGUCCUUGUGGGGACAAAUUGCAGCAGCCAUGAACAGUGGAAGUUGAGUAGUUCGAGGACAAAGCAUGUUACGCCAUUGAUUGUAUUGGAUGGAGAUGACAGUAAAAUCCCUGUCCGACCCCAUGGUUACAACCCUGACCGGACUCCAUGCACCCAACCAACCUGA